UCUAUUUAAGAAAUCCGUGAAGGUGCAUUUAUCCCAACUAUGUACAUCUGGAUUGACAUAGCUUCUCCUUCUCAUCCUGGUUUGGCAAACGUGCAACCGAAUAAGCCGCGAUGAGCGGAUCACACUAAGUCCAGCUGCGCUUUUUCAGUUACCCUGGAUUUCUUUAUUCUACUUUUGUGCAACAACCCUCGGCUAUAGUAGGUCUUUACUACGCUGUGUUUACCUCAAAAGCGGCCGGCCGGAAGUAGUUACAUCUGUUUUGUAGAACCAGGAAGAAUGUUGCGCAUAACCCCUAUUGACCGGCUGGCAACAAGUUUCUUUUUAUUUAAGUGGGAACCCAACUAAUUCCACUUCGCAUUGCCCCUAGUGGUCUGGAGAAACUAUUGUUGUGAGCAACUUGAAAUGCAGCGUUUCUGCAAAUGUGGUGUGUUUUGGGCCAAUGCUGCGGUGUUCUCAGCUAUUAGCCUACUGCUGUGUUAUCAGCUAAUGCUGUUCGGCUGAAGUUGGUGGUGUGAACCAAUGCUGUUGUGUUGUCACUUAAUGUUGUGGUUUUGUAAGUAGUUGAUUGUUUUUUGGAAUGCAGCAUUUUUAUUAACGUUUCGUUUUUGUGUCGUUGUGUUGUGUGUUAAUGUUUUGUUUUCAACUUUUGCUUGCUUCGCCUAUGUUGUUGUAUUGUGCACCCGUAGGCCACCGUACAUUACAAAUGCAGUGCACGGGGACAUCUGGUGGUUACCAGAAAUUAUAGCAACCACUUUUAUUUCAGAUAAGGGCCGGGUUUCCCAGAAUCGUUAAGAAGCUCUUAACGCUAAGUGCCUCUUAAGAGCGUUUUAGAAGCGUUAAGAGCGUUAAGAGCGACGAAUCUGGGAAACCCGGCCUUUUUCGACACAGUUGUUUCUACUGAUUUUUUGCUUCGGAAAGACUCGCUCCCCCUAUCAUGUAGACUUCGUCGUAGUAAACGUUUCUUCAUCAAUAAGUAGGCCUAGCCAAGCCUAGUUGACAAUCUAUUAUUUUUUAACUAUGUGUUUUGAUUACAUCGAUUUACAUGGUGUUUAAAUAUAGCGCGGUUCCGAUUUGGUUAGGUGUCCGUGCAAUUGCCUGAGUCUUCUAGAAAUAGCGGUGCCCUUCAGUGCUUCUGGAGUUUCUCUCACGUCCGAAGUUUCCGCAUGUGAGAGCUUGUGCAGUCAGUCUUAUGUCCGCGAGCGUACACUCAUUCAUACUGGAUACGUUGAACCGUCCGUCAUAGCAACGCAGGAUAAUCAUAGAAAUGGAGUGUCGUGUGUUAUCUAUCCAGAGUCACGUUGUCAGGGGUUACGUUGGGAAUAAAUCUGCUACGUUUCCAUUGCAGGUGUUGGGGUUUGAGGUGGACUCCAUUAACUCUGUGCAGUUCUCCAACCACACAGGUUAUGCCCACUGGAAGGGCCAGGUGUUGGCAGCAGAAGAACUGAAUGUUCUGUAUGAAGGAAUCAAACUCAACAACGUCAACCACUAUGACUAUGUCCUCACAGGGUAUACCAGGGACACCUCCUUCCUGGAGAUGGUGGUGGACAUCAUUCAGGAGCUGAAAAAAGCCAACCCUAGCUUGGUGUAUGUGUGUGAUCCAGUGAUGGGAGAUCAGGGUACAAUGUAUGUCCCAGAGGUUCUGCUGCCCAUCUACAGGGAGAAGGUCGUCUCUGUGGCUGACAUCCUUACCCCCAACCAGUUUGAGGCAGAGCUGUUGACUGGCAGAAAGAUCCACACACAGAAAGAUGCGGUCGAGGUGAUGGACCUGCUCCACCAGAUGGGCCCUGACACGGUGGUCCUGACCAGCACAGACCUGACCUCCCAUCAUGGGGACCAUUUUCUGGUGGCCCUCGGGAGCCAGAAGACAGUGCACCCAGACGGGACUUCAUCCACCCAGAAAAUCUGUGUGGAGAUCCCCAAGGUGGAUGCUGUGUUUGUGGGGACUGGAGACCUGUUUGCUGCCAUGCUGCUGGCCUGGACACACCACCACCCUAAUGACCUGAAGACCGCCUGUGAGAAGACCGUCUCAGUCAUGCAUCAUGUCAUUCAGAGGACCUUUACCUACGCCAAAGAGAUGGCUGGUCCUGGGAGAAGGCCCAGUCCGGCCCAGCUGGAGCUGAGAAUGGUCCAGAGCAAGGCUGACAUUGAAAAGCCCGACAUUGUUGUUGAGGCCACCAUCUUAUAACACUGCAGCCCAUAGACAACCCUGCACUAAUAUGUAGGAUUUACUAUCAUGGACUAUCAUGUGUAAUUUCCUUAUAUGAUUUCUUAGAGAGCACAAUGUAAUCAUGACCAAUGUCGGGGGGGGGGGGGGGGGGGGGGGGGGGGGGGGUUGUUUCCCUACUCACAAUCUUGUCACUGUCACUGCCAUAUCAGUGCCUGGAGUUGGAACCCGAGUCAUCAUCACAUACCUUUUAAAAACGAGAAGCCCAAUUAGCCAACUUAGUCGGGCCGAAGAACAGAGAAUAGACUGAAAAGAAAGACUACCUCAUAAGAGUCAGUUGAAUAUCAGGUGUGUGAAAAGUAUGUGUGAAAAUCUGUGAAACCACAGGGGUGGAGAUAUUGGGCUUCAGUUUGGAAUAGCAAGUCUUUAUUGCUUUAAGGUGGGGCUCUCCAAGGGCUCGCUCAACCCCUAAUUUAGCACACCAGAUUCUAAUAAUUAGCUAGUUAAAUCAGGUUGGCUACUAGGGGUUGGAACAAGAUCUCUCCAGGAACAGGGUUGGAGAACCCAGUUUAAAUGAGAUGCAUUGGUAGUGAUCAGUGUAUCAAAUUGUGUUGUCAUCAUGAAACAUUUUAUGGGGUACUAAUCUGAGCACACUUCUCAAAUUAAAUAUAUUUUAAUAGAUUUUAUUUUAGACAAUAUACUUAUACACAGUAUAGUCUGUAGACAUUUUCACAAUUGUUUUAAUUUUAAUUUUGUGAAAAGUUCUUAAUUGUGUAUUAUCCUUGUACUUUAAAUGUUACAUUUCUUAAAUUUUCUAACAUUUACUUUGUAAUUAAUGUCCUACAUUUCAACUGAGAUCUAUAUGUGCAAAAUGCACAUAAUCUUUAAUACUUUUUUAAAUUCAUUCUAAUCAUUGAUUACUUUUUAUGAGUGUGUCCAUUGUCAUGUCUGUGGGACACAGCCUUACGUACGUACGACAGAAUCACAUAAUAUGGCCUCAGCGGGGUUGGCCGGUGGAACAUCGAAUGCCUUUGUGUAGAUCAUUACUCAUGAUGUUAGAACGUUAAGUGCCAAACCUUAACCUGCUGCUCUGAACUGGAAUGAUAAUAAAUAACGAUUAGUCAUAAAA